UAAAAAUGUCAAAAGUGCCAAAUUACUCACAUUUAAACAGAGAGUCGAGAGCAAUAGCAGCAAAAGCACUGCGUAAUAUUGAUCCAAAUUUCAAAGAAUUCUUGACAAUUUCUAGAUUCUGCACUCUCUAUCAAUAUGAAUGUGAAACCUAUUCCUGGAUGGAGAGUCAGCAUGAAGGACCUCUUUAUUUGUAUAAGGCACAAGGGAGGACUCCAGAUGAGGAACACUUGGUUUUUCUAAUCCAUAACCACAAGUCUCGGUACAAUUAUAAGCAGAUCAUUCGUUCAGAUUUCGAACUAAAGCUUAAAGAUAAUGGAAAGAUUGUGGUCCUUAAUAUUAUGACCCCUUAUAAACCCUUGAAUUGCUCUUUAGCAAUGGGUAGUCAUAGUCCUCUCGAUUCGAAAUCUGAGCAAUUAGAUGAGCAUAAGAUGCAAAAAGAUUUGAAUAAUGAAAUCCCCUAUCCUUCUCCCCAAUAUAGUGAGGCAACCAACAUUUGCAUCUGGUUCAGCUUUUUGAGCGACAAAAAGGCUUUCAAGAAUUGCCUCAGUGAACACUGAGAAAAUCUCCAAAUGUCAAGUGAUGAUCAAGAAGAAAUUGAGGAAGAAGAGGAACAACCUCAAGUGGAGAAGGAUGAUGAGUACUUUGGCACCGAGGAAGAAGUACCUCUUGAGAGCAAUGAUGAACAUCAAGAGAAUCUAAUUGGUUUAUUUCAGGGUGUCGGGUUAAAUAAUAACAAGCCUGAAGGACAAAGCAAUAGCAUAUCAGGCUUCUUAAAUCAGAAGAAUCAAGCGAAAGAUGUCACUGUAGGUCAAUUGGAUGCAAAGGAGACAAAAGAAGAUGGCUCUAUUUUAGACACCAUCUACCAAAAACAUUUCGGUGUUCCCAUGAAAACAGACUCUCAGCACAAUCCAUCCAGACACAACUUUGCUGCUUCGUUCCAAACUCCGCUUCACGACAGCAAAGUCGACCAGUCGUUCGGAGGCUUCGAAACUCCUAAAUUCAGACCAGCAGCCGAAGAUGAAUUUGCAGGCUCAGGCAAUUACUUGCAAGGCAACAUGAUUGGACAGAUCAGUCAAACAAAGCCACAACAGAAGUACAAUGCAGGGUUUGAGCAGCCAAGUUUUGAAGGGAGAACAAACUUGAUGGCACAAAUUUCACGCUUCCAGUAACCUGUUGUCCUCAGCAUUCACUUAAUAGCCCGUAAAGAUCAAAUAAGCUAAUAGUAUGUCUGAAUUACUUU